CGGUUUAGAUGCAAUCAAUGGAUCCUACAUGCAACGAAGCAUCGAGGAAACUUCAUCCUUCGUCUCUCUCUCUCUCUCUCUCUCUCUCUCUCUCUCUCUCUCUCCCCUUUUCAAAUCCUAUAACUUUGACAUUCGAAAGGUAGAAGCUACCUUCUCACGAUUCUUCACCGUUUCUCUCUCGAAAAAACUCUAGAAGACAAAAAAGAAAAAACUCAUAUCAAGUUUUAUCAAGAAACCCAGAAAGAUGCCGAAAGACAGAAAGAUUGGAAUCGCCAUGGACUUCUCGGAGAGCAGCAAGAACGCAUUAAACUGGGCGAUCGAGAACUUAGCCGAUAAAGGAGACACACUUUACAUCAUCCACACACUACCAGCCUCUGAAGCUGAAUUUCGCAACGCCCUCUGGCUCAAAUCCGGUUCUCCUCUCAUCCCGUUGGUGGAGUUUAGGGAACCGGAGAUUAUGGACAAAUACGGUGUCAAAAUUGACAUCGCAUGUCUUGACAUGCUCGACACUGGUUCGAGGCAGAAAGAGGUGCAUGUAGUGACGAAAUUAUACUGGGGAGAUGCAAGAGAGAAGCUGGUUGAUGCUGUUAAAGAUCUCAAACUUGAUUCCAUUGUCAUGGGAAGCAGAGGACUCAGUGCCCUUCAAAGGAUAAUAAUGGGAAGCGUGAGCAGCUUUGUGAUUCAACAUGCGCCUUGCCCUGUCACCGUUGUGAAGGAUAACGAUUCUCACUAAAAAAACAGCUGUCUUUAUCUCAUACUCCCUCUGUUUUACUUUUACCAAAAUAAUCACCGCAAUUUUAUGCUUUUAAUAAAAAGAACCUUUUUUCUUCAUUGGAUCUUGUAUUUGAAUUCAUUUCAAUAGAUUACUUUCCCAUAGUUUUUAUUUAUUUUCGAUGUAUUUUCCUGGAAUCAAUCCAUGUGAUUUUGGAUUGAACAAUGCGGUGGGCUCCUUCGAAUACAAUUUGUAAAUCCAAAAUAAUUUUAGAAUAAGUUUUUGCGUGACAGAAAUCACAUGGACAGCUGGAUGCUUUCAUUGGUCAUUGACUAUGGAAACAAAUUUUAUAAUCUAAUGAUUUUAAUGAAA